CUCAGGCGAACUAUUGCAUUGCUUCACCAGUACCAGUCAACACUAGGAGAAGAGCGGUCCACAACAUCACUCCAUGUGUACCACUUCUAGAAAAAAAAAAUAAAGAGAAAAAAGAAGAUUUCGCUGUACACACACACAUAACAAACACCAUGGCAGACGCAGGACGGAAAAAAAAAGAAACAAUGGCACGAUGACACUAUGAGACAAGGUGUGAAUGUGUGCAAAGGAGAUGCUGCCCAAUUUCCACGCUUCCAGAACAAAAGCAACAACCGCAAGAUUAAAGAGAUGACUGAAAUAAUGACUGACGGACUGGCUCGGAUGCAAUGGUCGAUUGACCGUCCCCCCGAUCAUUUAGUGGGAGGGUACGCAAUUAGUGUUGAUGAGAAAGGUCCAGGAAACCAUAAACGUCACUGGGCUCGCACGUACAACGUGACGCUGGCAGAGUCGACGAGAUCGGGGCCUGAUAUCUGGGUGCAGCAAAGACCGAAGGCCACCGAGUCGAAAAGACCACGGGCGAUAGUGCCUUUCGCUGUACCCAUCGAUCCCAAGCAAUUCCCCACUGGCCGUGGAAAGACUCCCCAUAGACCUCCAUGCGUAGAUAAAAGAACACAAGACACGAAAAGAAGUCCAAGACCUGGAGGUGGUUUUCGCCGUAACACCCAGAACGCAGGAAAAACGCAUGAAGAGAUGGGCGGUUGAACCGUCGAGCACAGGUUGAAUGGGAGGUCUCGGGCGCGAAACCGAGGUCGAAGAUCAGCCCGGAUCGAAAACCAAAACAUCCUCUAGGGGUAAAAAAAGGAAACAGGUCUACAAGAUACCAAGGGGUACCAUGCCGUCAU